AUGGACACAGGAAAAUUGAAUGAACCAAAAGAAUUAAUUAAAAUAAAUAAAAUAAAUAAUAUUUUUUUAUAUCCUUUUUCUUUUUUUAACCUUACAAAUCAUCAUAUUUUUGUUUUACAUGUAUAUCGUAUGAUGCAUAUAUUAUCAUAUAAUAUAAUGGAUCUCAAGGAUGACAAAUAUGAUAAAAAAGAAAUAAUAGCUCCCAAAAGAAUUGUAUACAACAAAUAUAUGAUGAGGAUAAAACAAAAUAUGUACAACUACAAAUUGAAAAAAGAAGGAUUAAAAUAUAUUCCUACUAAUAAUAUUUGUUUUUUACUACAUAUUCGUGACCAUAUAAAAAUCUCUAUUCAUUUAAAAAGAAAAAAUAUAUUUACAAUUAAUAAAUAUUUGAAUAAUAUAAUAAAUAUUAUGAAGAAAAAAGGAUAUGAUGAAGAAAAGGUCAAAUACUGUAUCAUUAUAUGUGGAAAUGAAUUUUUCAAAAAAAAUAUAUUUUUCAAACAAUUAGAAAAUGUAAUAUAUAAAAAAAUAAGUAUCUGUAAAAAUAUAAAAAAUGAGCGGCUUAUUACGUUAUUUAAAAAUGAACAUAUAGUAGAUAAUAUUAUAGAAUUAUAUAUUUAUUAUUAUAAAAUUGUAUUAUUAUUAUUAUUAUUAAUAUUAGGACAUUGGGAUAUUUUAUACUUACCAUUUUCUAUAUUUGUAUAUAAAUAUAUAAAUAUAUACAUAAAUGUGUUUCAUUACACAUCCUUUUUUAUGCAUCAUUAUUAUGAUGAAAUGAAAUGGAAUCAUUUUAUUAAAACAUUAUAUCAAAAUUUAAUAUCAUUUAAUAAUUUUAUUUUUUUUGAUGAUGAAUAUAAGUAUCAGAUAAGUGAUGAAAAAACAUAUUUUUUCAUAUAUACAUUGAUAAGUACUCAUAUUUUUAGAAAAGGGAAAUUAAAUAAAAUUAACCAAAUAAAUAAUUUAUUUUUACAUUUUUUACAAUAUAAAAAAUUUGCCAUAAAAUCAUAUAAAAUGACCUAUAAAAUAGAUAAUAUAUUAUUAUAUAUUUCUCUCAUUAUAUCUUCUCAUUAUGUCACUAUUCGUAAUUUUAUUACUAUUGAAUUGUUGAUAAUCCGCAUAUAUUUAUGUAUAAAAAAAUAUUUGAAUCAAAAUGAAUUAACCGCAAUAAAUGUAAUAACACCAUUUUAUAUUACCCCUAUAGAAAAAAAAGGUAUAUCAAAAUUACAUGAAUUCUAUAAGAAUUUAAUAAUUUAUCUAAAUUAUAAUUAUAUAUGUAUUCUUUUUAUAAAUGCGCCAAAUUACAAAAACUGCAGUAGUAAUUAUGUUUUCCUUGUGAAUAAAAGAACACCCUCAAGAUUUAAUACAAAUCAUGUUAUUUCUAUGAGGGUACAUAAUGAUUUUAUAUACAACACUUUACUAUAUCACAGAACAAAUAUGUUGAUAUGUAAAGAUAAAUCAAAAGGAGAACAUAUUUAUAAUAAUAUAUUUAAUAAUAAUAAUAAUAAUAAUAAUAAUUCAAAAUUAUAUGAAUCCUUAGUUUCUUUAUCGAAUAUAGAAAUUUUCUGUUCUUUAUAUAUGAACAAACUAUUAUAUUGGAGUGCACUAAUAAAAAUAUUAAAUUUUUUAUGUAAUUUAACAAAGUCUAUCAUAUAUGUUCCCAUUAAAUAUACCAAUACAUAUCUAUCACUCUUAUUAUUUAUUGUUCAUAUAUUUUAUUAUAUUAUAAACCAUAAAAAAUGUUCACAGAAAUUAACAGAAUUUGAAAAGAAUCUCAUACAAGCAACAUGUACAACUAUGUUAUAUAUUAUAAAUAAUUUUUUCUUAAUCAUUUUAAACCACAUAAAGGCAUUAAUAAAUUUUAUACUAUGCAUAAAUCAUUUUUCUAUAUAUUCAAUACUUAUAUUGAUAAAAUAUAAAUUUUUUUCAUUUGUAAAUAUGAAGAAUAAAAACAAGAAUGAACAAAUAUCAUUAGAGCAUUAUAACCUAAAAGAAAUAAACAAAAAGAUGUUUUUAUUUAAUUAUGAAGAUAUAGAGAAAGGUAAAGAUUCUAUCAAAAAAUUACCGAUUUUUAACCUUGGAAAAAAACAAAAGAAAAAAAAUAUAAUAUCACCUAUCAAAUAUAAUUCUAAACUGAAAUAUUAUAAUACUAAUAAUAAAAAGAAAAUACAUUCAUAUAAACAUUAUAUAAAAGGUAGAGAAUUGAAACAUAUAAAUAUAUCUGCUCAUUAUAAGGAUAGUAAUAAUAAUAUUAACGCAAAUUAUAACAAUAAUGGAAAUGAUAUGUUAUAUAAUAGGUAUAAUAAUAUGAGUAAAUAUAAACAAUAUUGUAAUAAAGACAUAUAUUUUAAAAAAGUUAUAGGAAAAAAGAGGGGGAAAUGUAUAAAUAUACAAGUUGAAAAAUGCCCAUGUUACAAUUUAAUAUAUAUCCCACCAUUGUUGUGGAUUUAUAAAAUAUUAAAUUAUAAAAAUAAUUGCAGAUAUAAUAUUAUAAAACAUUCCCAUAUAUUUUGUAACGAAAUAAUGUGUUCAUCAGAUAAAUAUAAUAAUUUAUCUUAUAGAAAUAAAAAAUUACAAAAUUAUUCAAACAAAAAGAAGAAUAAAAAAAGUAAAACCAAUGAUCGUGAUGAAUGUAGUAAAAAGGAAACAAAAAAAAAAGAUAAUAAUAGUGGGCCUUAUUCUGAUUUAGAAUCAGAUUCGGACGAUGAAGUAGAUCAAGAUAAAGAUCUAGAUGAUGAUGAAAAGCAAGAUGAAGAAGAACAAAUGGAUGAUAACCAAAGAGAAGAUAAAAAUGAUAAGGAUGAAGAAGAUGAUGAAGAAAAUGAAAAGAACGACAAGAAAGAAGGAAAGGAAGAAGAUGAUGAAGGAGACGACGAUUAUGAUGACGAUGACUAUGAUGAUGAUGACUAUGAUGAUGAUGACUAUGAUAAUGACGACUAUGAUGAUGACGACUAUGAUGAUGACGACAAUGAGGAUAACGACGAUGAGGAUAAUGAUGAAGAUGAUAACGAUGAUGAUGAAGAUGAUGAAGAUGAUGACGAUGAUGACGAUGAUGAUGAAGAUGAUGAUGAUGAAGAUGAUAAUGAUGAUGAUGACGAUGAUGAUGACGAUGAUGAUGAUGAUGAUGAUGAAAAUGAUGACGAAGAAGAUGAUGACGAUGAUGAUGAAGAAGAAGAUACCAGAGAAGAAACGGAUGAUAAUAUAUGUGAAAAAGAAGAACUAGAAGAUGAUGAUGACACAUAUGAAUAUAGUGAUGAAGAUAGCACACAUAAAGAUAGAAAUAAAAAAAGGAGAAGAAAAAAAAGAAAUAAUAAUAAAAGUAAAAGAAAGAGAAAAAGAAAAAGAAAAAGUAAACAUGAUGAUUAUUAUGAUGAUAAUGAAAAUGAAGAUAUUAGAAAAGAAAAUGACAAAGAAGAAGAAAGUUAUUACAAUAAGAAGAAAAAUUUAUAUCUUGAGAAAAAAAAUAAGAAAUUUAAGCAUAAUUUUAUAUAUUUAAAGAAUUUAUUUAAGGAAAAUAUAUGUAUUAAUACAUUAAAUGUUUCAAAUUUUAUAUCUGUUAGUAAGGACAAAUUAACAGCUACAUACACUGCUUGGGGAAAGCACACCGAUAUAGCGUGUGUUCAAGUUAAUAAAUGUGCCUUAAGAGAUUGUAGUAUAUAUUACUUUGAAGUGGAAAUAUUAAAUUGUACCAACUUUUCUAAAAUAGUUAUUGGAAUGACAAACAAAAAUUAUACCAUUAAUAAGAAUCCGGGUUCUGAAUAUAAUUCAUUUGGUUAUAAAAAUGAUGAUGGAAAAAAAAUUAUUGACGGGAAGAUUGAAAAUUAUUGUAAUGGAUAUGCUAAAAAUGAUAUUAUUGGAUGUGGUAUUAAUUAUUUUGACAAUAGUGCAUUCUUUACGAAAAAUGGAAAAUACUUAGGUAAGGCAUGUACCAUAAAUUUUAAAUAUGAUUAUUAUGCAACUGUUGGUUUAAGUACAUUAGGAGAUCGUAUUAGAUUUCAUUUAAACAAUUUCUGCUUUGAUAUUUAUAAUAUGAUAUAUGAAGAAAGUGAAAAAGAAAGAAAAAUAAUUAAAUCAAUAUAUGUUCAAAAGGAUAUAUUUUCUGAUAUCAUUAAGUCUCAUUUGAUAAAAUGUGGUUAUUUUAACACAUACAAAUCUUUUAUGAAUUAUUUAGAAAAAAAUAAAUAUGUUGAUGACAAUAAUAGUAUUGAAAGUUCUACUAAUUAUAACAAUGGAAUGGAUGGCAAUAUAUUUCCAAACAAAUCGAAUACAUCUAAUAAUUCACAAAAGAAAGUAGAGAAUUCUUCAAAUAAUAAAAAUGAAAAGGAAACAAAUAAGAAGAACAACACAAACGACAUGAAUAAAGAUGAAAAAGAAGAAAUGGAAAAAAAUAAUAAAAUUACUAAAGAUAAUCAUGUAAAAAUGGAAAAAGAAGAAAAAAAAAAAAACAAAAAUGAUAUAAAUCUUAACAUACAAAAUAAUACUAUGAAAAACUUAACUGAACAAAAUCCACACAAAUCUGCUACUUCAGAACAACUAGAUGUUACACCAGAAGAUAAUAAAAAGAAAAAAGAUAGUGAACAUGAAAAUAAUGAGAAAAAUAUAUUAAAUUCUAUUUUAAAAAAUUAUUUGAAUGUUUGUGAUAAAUUUGAUAAGAAUAAAAAGGUAGACGAAGAAAAAACAGAAACGAAUAAUGCAAAUAUGUUGAAUGAACCUGAAAAAAUUCCUAUAGUAAUCCCUCCAGAUAAUGAAAAAGAAAAAUGCAGUGAUAACAAAACAAUGGGAAAAGAAGGGGAUAAGCACAAGGAAGAUGUUAUAGAUGUAAAUGAAAAGCAUAUGGAAGAGGAGAAGUUAACUAAAAAGGAAAUAAACGAAGAGCAGAAAAAUACAAAUGAGGAGGAAAAAGAGAAAAAAGAAGUAGAAGAUGUAAAAUGUGUAAAGGAAGUGGAAAAUGUGAAAGAAGUUGAACAUGCGAAAGAAGUGGAAAAUACGAAAGAAGUGGAAAAUGUGAAAGAUGUGGAAGAUGCCAAAGGUGAGAAAGAAGAAAAGGGUUUAAAAGGAGACGUUGGAAAAAAUGAACUUAUGGAACGUGCAUCCAAUAUGUUAAAAGGUUACAAUUUUAGUAAUUAUAAUUAUACAGGUAUCAGUUUACAAAAUGCCUUAUGGGCAUCAAGAAAAAAUAGUUUAAGUAAUAUAAUAAAUAUAAGAAAAGAUUCAAGUUCUAUAUUAUUGAAUAGAUUAAGAAAUAAAAGAAGUCUAACUUCUAAAGAUGAUUUGAAUGUAUUAACAAGUAGUUUAAUGAAUGCUAAAAAAGAUGCCAAAAAAAAUGAUAAUGAUAUUAAUAAGAAAAUACAUGUUCUUCUAAAAGAAAAAUGUAGUAUUUUUAAAAAUGAAAAAAAAAAAUUAUGUAAGAAAGGAAGUAAAUGUUAUUCUAAUGACAAAGAACAUAUUACUAAAUAUUUUGUAAAUUUAUAUUUAUCUGAAGAUAAGUUAAAUAAAAUGAUCGAUUCUUUAGAAACGAGAUAUAUCAUUAGAAAUAAUAUUAUGGAAGGAAAUAUUAUAAACGUAUUGAAUAUAUUAGAAGAGGAAUAUUCAGAAAUGUUUACUAAUGAACAAGCUAUAUUUAACAUAGCUAUGUUAUAUACACAACAAUUAAUAGAAAUAUUAAAACCAAAUAAAAAAUAUAUAAAGUCCUUAUCAUUAAGAAAACAAAAAAAUAAUAAAAAUAAAAAGAGAGAAAUUUGUAAUAAUUACGAACUAGGAAAAAACAAAUAUAAUGAUAGUUUAUGUAGUGAUAGUAGUUAUAAAACAUAUAACACUUUAAGCGAUAAUCAUUUUUAUGAUGAUAUAAAAACGGAAUACAAUUCAUCUGAUAGUUUAUUCUGUGAUGAAGAAUUAUCAUUUGUUGAUAAAAAAAAUAAUGCAAUAACAUCUAAGCUAGAAAAAGUAUAUAAUGGAGAAUAUAAACAAAAAAUGAAAGAUCAUAAAAUGAAACAUAAUAGAGAUAAAAAAGAAUAUGGAAAUGGUAAUGAAAAAUUAAAUGAUAGUGAAAAACAUAAUAUAAAGAACGUGAAUAAUAAUGUAAAUAAUAGUAAUAAUAAUAUGAAUAUAUUAAACAGUAACUCAAAAAACACAAAAGGAGAUAUGGAUGGUAUGGUAUCGUCUAAUACAGGAAAUAUACAUACAACAAAUGAUAAAGAAAAUAUAGGAGAAAACAAGAUAGAUUCCUAUAAUAAAGAUAAAAAAAAAGAAUCAAAUAAUGAGGAUUUUUUAAAAGAAAAGAAAAUAGAACAAAUUAUAUAUAAAAAUAUUUGUUCGAAUUAUGACGAGGGAUUUUCUAGAACAAAUAAUUUGCAAGAAGACUACAAAUCUCAUUUUAAUAAGUUAUUGAAACAAUAUGAAUUUUUUAAUGACGAUAAUCCAUAUAAAAAUGAAUGUAAAAAGAAUAAUUAUAAAAAUAUAAACACAGAACAAAAUUAUAUAUCUUCAAGUUCACAUGAAGACAUAUUUUCUGAUUAUGAUAGUAAUGAUUCAAAUUUUAAUGAAAAGUUUUAUGAAUAUAAUGAUAUAAAUUUUGAUCAAGUAUAUCAAUAUAUAUAUAAAGAUAAAAUACCAUCAAAUAAUCAACAGUUAAAAUUUAAAAAGGAUCAUAUGUAUUUAGCUCUAUUAUGGAUAAAAGAAAAACUAUCUUUAUUUAAUAAAUAUAAUUUAUUAAAUGUUAGACAAUGUAUUCUAGAUACAACAUCUCUAAUAGCUUAUCAUAAACCAUAUAAAGAGAAAUUAGUUCGUAUAUUCUUUUCUCGAAAUAGGAAUUUAUUAACUUUUAAUUCUAUAAACGAAGGAAUAUUAAAUAUAUGUUUAAACGUUCCCGUCUACUCCCCUCUGGAAAUAAUGGUCAAACACUUAAUUUUAUGCAGGAAUUUAUUACGUGAGAAAAAAGGCAAUAUCGGUAUUAUUUAUGAUUGUAGUUAUGUAUGCCAACCUUAUAAAAGAUACAUGAUAAAAAUAAAAAAUAACAAAAAAAAAAGAAGAUACUUUAAAGAAAUAAGUACCAAAUUAAAAAACGAAAAAAAUUCACUAAAUGGAAAACUCAAUGAUGAUAAAAGAUUAUCUAUAUUUCAAUAA